GCCGGCGCUCGCUGCUGCCGGCGCUCCGAGCGCGGGCCUGGGGAUCUGAGACUCGGGAUCCCGCCGCCAGGGUCGCAGCAUGGGGCGCUUCCGUGGGGGCCUGCGGUGCAUCAAGUACCUGCUGCUCGGCUUCAACCUGCUCUUCUGGCUGGCUGGAUCAGCCGUCAUCGCUUUUGGGCUAUGGUUUCGGUUCGGAGGCACCAUAAAGGAUUUAUCAUCAGAAGACAAGUCCCCAGAGUAUUUCUAUGCGGGGCUCUAUGUUCUGGUUGGAGCCGGGGCCCUGAUGAUGGCCGUGGGGUUCUUCGGAUGCUGUGGAGCCAUGCGGGAGUCGCAGUGCGUGCUGGGAUCAUUUUUCACCUGCCUACUGGUGAUAUUUGCUGCUGAAGUAACCACUGGAGUAUUUGCUUUUAUAGGCAAGGGUGUAGCUAUCCGGCAUGUUCAGACCAUGUACGAAGAAGCUUACAAUGAUUACCUGAAAGACAAGGGGAAGGGAAAUGGGACUCUCAUUACCUUCCACUCAACGUUUCAGUGCUGUGGAAAAGAAAGCUCAGAACACGUCCAACCCACGUGCCCAAAGGAGCUUCUAGGACACAAGAAUUGCAUUGAUGAAAUUGAGACCAUAAUCAGUGUUAAGCUGCAGCUCAUUGGAAUUGUCGGUAUUGGAAUUGCAGGUUUCACGAUCUUUGGCAUGAUAUUCAGCAUGGUCCUUUGCUGUGCCAUACGAAACUCAAGAGAUGUGAUAUGAAGCUAUUUCUACAAGAAAAUUGCCACCUAGGGCUUUCAUACCAAAUGUCACAGGAGCUGUCUCCCAGCUCCUUUUUAAUAUCCAAAUGGCAUUAGGAUCUAAAUUAAUUUGCUUUCAACUGUACAUUUGCACAUGUAUGUAUGUUUGGCCCAUUACUGGUUUACCCCUUGAGUGAAUGCCUGUCUAUGUUUGAGGUUAUAUUCGUGUGUGGUCUGUAUGUUUGUGGUAUAUGCAUUAUACCUAAUGAAAUCUGUUUGCUAGGAAUUCCUGAGUCUUGUUAUGUAAGAAGAACAGCCCAUUUAAACCCCCAGAAAAUGAUCGAAAAUUUUGAGAAACUUUUAAAACUUAGCUAUUCAGAAAAAGACUCUAGCCAUUGAAAAUUACAUACAGAGAAUUCAGAGUUUUCUAGUUAAUGGAAGCAAUAAACUACAGGAAUUGAGAGGUCACCAUGGAGUGUUAAAAUUGACUGUGUCUGAGUUGGGUGUAAAGGUUUCCUGGGAUUUUUUUAUAUACAUGCUCUCCCCAGAAUACAGUAAACCACAGUUUUAGAACUAAAAGCAUCUGUAAAACUAAAUAUGGUGUGGAAAAUCGAAUUUGAAUAAGUCAUCUGUUCCUAGUAUUUAAAAACAAACAAAAAGAACCUUCCUCUGGAAACAGAAAUCACACAGACAAUCAUGUGUCCUAUAAAAGUGAAUGUUUAUAGCACUAAAAAACUUUUAACAACUUUUUAAGGAAAUAUUUGUUCUUAUAUGAAGACAUAUAAAUACUGCUUUAUUACUUCCUUUUCUGACACUGCAACCCUCCCGUCCCCCAAAUGGCUUUUAUUUCAAAUUUUUCUGUGUUUCUCCAAAUUUAAGGACAAAAAAAACUAAAGCAAGA